AAGUGUCGAAAAAUAAAUUUCACUGCAAGGCUGCCCUGGGUGCAUCUUACACGAGUUGUACACGAUACUGAUCUACUUUUUAGAAAAGGUUUCUUUUUUAGUCUUUGAGAAAUAUGGCUCUGAAUAUCGUUGAUUAUCGUCUAAAAAACCAAGUUUGCGAGACAAGUAAAAAAACGUCUCUACAAAUCGAGCAAGAAACAGCCUGGUUUUUUAGACGAUAAUCAACGAUAUUCAGAGCCAUAUUUCUCAAAGACUAAAAAAGAAACCUUUUCUAAAAAGUAGAUCAGUAUCGUGUACANAGUGAGGAAAGGGUUCUGAGAGCCUUGGAAGUGAUAUUCGUGAUCACCGCGAAAUUCUCUAUCGAAUGGUGUAUGAAGCGUCGAAAAAUAAAUUUCACUGCAAGGCUGCCCUGGGUGCAUCUUACUUCAAACUAGUAUAAAAAGUGGAAAAGGAACUUCUCUUAUUAGUGUAGUUGUAGUUCGCGAAGUUGGUGCAAUAUGAAAUAGUUUUACAGUGAGCACUCCCUUCUUGAACAUAUAAAAGAUGAACAUUUUAUGAAAAUAUAAAAUUUGUUCUUUUCUGAUUUUAUUCUCUAAGCGGCAAAACAGAAAAAUGUCUGCUCUUACAGUGAUAUCUAUUAAAAAUCGAAUACAUUGGAAGUAUAUAUAUGCCAAUGUAUGUAUGUAUGCACGAUACAAUCAAAGGAACCGAAAUAAAACAAAAUAAAUUAGAAUUCACUGCGGCAGAGCGACUGAGCGACGGACCGAGCGGCUGAGCGACCGGCUGAACGACAGAGCGACCAGCGACCGACCGAUCGGCCGAACGGCAGAGCGGCCAAGCGACCGUCCUAUAUUUUGGAAUGUUCCUUUAAUAAAUUUUAACAUCGAAUAUUUGCACAAUAAUAGUCUUGAAUUAAAAUCUGAUUAAGUCAAUAGAUAGAGUUCAUCGAGUUAGUUAUAUUAAUAUCGAAUGAUAAUCAGAUGAUAACAACUAAUAACAUCCAAAAACGAUACAAUGUACGCGCUACUCGACUCUCAACGUGAGAUUACGUUUAUAUUUGCUAAAUUUUUUAGUUAGAAAGAUUAAUAUCAUUUUGAGUGUUAGUGACUAGGUUUCGACUGUUAGUAGUCGCUGAUAAGUAUCCACCUGAAUAUUAUUCGACGUUAGUAUAACUAAUUUGGCAAACUCUAUCUAUUCACCUUAUCAAAUUUUAAUUGAAGACUAUUAAUGACUAUCAGCCUAUUUUACAACUGUCUCUUAACAUCUGUACCUUCGAUUUUACAUAUAAAUUAUAGCUUCAGGCUAUUACGUUGUAUUUUUCUUUUGUUCAUUUAGAAAACAGAUAUAAUUAACCCAAAACCAUUAACACGCAAACCAUCAAGUUCAUUAAUUUCUACAUCGUUUGAUUAUAUUCGAAAAAAUUUGACAAAUACAAAAGCAUCAGUAACAUCUUCAGCUGAUUCAACAUUAUCAAGAUUAUCAAAUUUAAUUUCAGACAUGACAACGGGUAGUAGUAGUGAUAAUAAUAAUAAUACACGUUCGUUUUUUAAAAGAAAAAAUUCAUUAACAUUACCUUUCUUAAUUAAUUUGAAUGAUGAAAAUACAAAUAUAAAUAGAAAAUUAUUCGAUCGACAACGAUCAAUGAAAUCAUGUAGUAGAGAAAAAUUAAUAAACGAUGAUCGAAAUAGUAAUCUUGUACAAUUAUCAUCUCAUUAUGGAUCAGAUUUUUUUUAUCCAAAUAAUCAACAUGAAUAUGAUAAUAUUAAUUAUCAUUCGAGAACACCACCACCAUUUUGUACAUGCAGUAAAAAACCAUUAUUACUAGCCGAUGAAGCUUGUCAAUAUCCGUCUUGUGAUGAAGAUGAAUUAGAGGAAAAUAAAACAAAAUUAAAGAAGAAAAUUAAUAAAUUUCAUAAUUCAAAAAUUUCAUUAUUAUAUCGAUCACCACCUUCUACGCCACCUUUACUUCAUCCACCACCACCUGCUCAAUCUUUAUUAUUCCAUAAUUAUUCGUCUACAUCAUCAUCAUCUGACAUAUCGAUUAUAAAUAAUUUUUAUUCUCGUUCAAAAUCAGUACCCUCGUCUGCAUCAUCGUCAAAUGAUCGAAGUGGUAGUUUCGAUAAUACAUUAGUAUUUAAUGAUAAA